AUGUUGAAAGCUUCAAGACUACGAACAAGUUCAGAUGCUUUCAAAUACAAUUUUCCCCUCUUGCACCAUUUCCGUCAUUAUGGCAGAUCAGCAAAACCAUACGAUUUUACAAAGUUUGAUCCACAAACCAACCCCAAUGAAGCAUCUGCAGUGUUCACCAGUCUAGGAUGGUAUUUCAUACCUCUUAAAUACAAUACUCAUAAACAACCUCGCUUGCAGUUGGAGGAGGAGUUUGUGCGUAAUCACUUCACCAAUACCACAAACCGCGAAGAGGUGCAAGAGUUUAUCUAUGAUUGGUGUCGUGGACAUAUUCCUACUGUCCAUAAAAAGAAAAUGUCUUUCAAAAGUGAAUUGGAGCAGAAGAAAUUGGACUUGUUGUUUCGCCAACAGAUGAGAGAUGGAGUAACGAAUGAAACGGUGGAUAAAGAAUUUAGAGAUGCACAGAGGCUCAAAAACAAGGCCAACGCUCCAAAUGAAAAGUUACGAUUCCGAAUUGAUCCUACAACAAAGAAGGUUGAAAUUAGGGGGGCCUUGAAAAUGACAAGUGUGUUUAGUUACUAUGUACUGACACGGGGUCGCCAACCGGAUAGCGAACUGGAAAAAACGCCAUUGACUUCGAGACAGCUUCGACAAAACGCCACCAAACAGUGGAGUAAACUAUCCCCAAUGGAGAAGAAAGCAAUAAAGCAGGAGUAUUUGCAACUUUUGUCAAAUGGGAAGGAUCUAUAUUACGGCAAAGAAGUUAGUCUUGAGCUGAGAUUGAGUGAUGAGAUUCUGGAAGACGGAUUUAGGUAUAAAAAACUGAAAACUUUGACCAGAGAUAGUGAGCCCAUAUGA